GUCAAAAUGGGACGCGUGAGGACCAAGACGGUGAAGAAAGCGGCUCGUGUGGUCAUUGAGAAAUACUAUACCCGGCUGGGCAAUGACUUCCACAUUAACAAGCGGGUGUGUGAGGAGAUCGCCAUCAUCCCCAGCAAACCGCUGAGAAACAAAAUCGCAGGGUAUGUUACCCAUCUGAUGAAGCGCAUUCAGAGGGGUCCAGUUAGAGGCAUCUCCAUCAAACUGCAGGAGGAGGAGAGAGAGAGACGGGACAACUACGUCCCGGAGGUCUCUGCUUUGGAUCAGGAGAUCAUCGAGGUUGAUCCAGACACCAAGGAGAUGCUCAAGAGUUUUGACUUUGGCAACAUCUCCAGCCUGCAGGUCACGCAGCCAACUGUUGGAAUGAACUUUAAAACACCCAGAGGAGUCUAGAUGUGUGGUAUUUAUCAGAUGUCAAUAAAGACUGCAAAAAUA